AGGGAGAAGCGUGGAAGUACUCUACCUUAGCCACAGACCACAGACCACAGGCCACAGUACCUUAUUCGACUGCGUACCUUCUCGCCCUGUCGCUGGCUACUUGCUACUUGGCUACGUACUUGGACACAGAUUGCUUCCCUUCCCUUUCCUGACUCUGUGUCUGGAAAGUGAGGUGGCUCGGCGGGUCGAGUGGCGAAAUGCAAGACUGGGUCGCUCUCCAUCGGAUUCAUCCACCUGCCGCCCUGCUCGUCUCUUGUGUUGUUUGUCGCUGCUCUACUCUUGUCACUCUGUUCUGUGAGGUCUGCUCUGCACCUCGCUCUCUCGUUUUCAUUAGCCCUUUUGUCUGUCUCCGAGGUCUCCAUCUGUACUAAGGUUGUCUCAUACUUAGUCAGUCUGUCGGCACCUGUAUCACUAUGUUCAUAUCACCAUUGAGCUACGAGUGUAUGGAUCAAGUAAGGUGCCUGGAGGCGGAUAGUUUUCUUCCUCUCUCUAUCUCACCAUCUCCUACACAUCAUUCUCCCUCUCUGUGUCUCUCCUCAUCGCUCUCUACAGUUUCUCGCUUGAUUGUGACUCGGUAACUCUUGUGCUUGAGUGCCCAUAUCGUCGUAUUCAUCAUAAAAACAAGACUUCCAUCUACAAGUCUAUCCCUGUUGACACAAGGCGACAAGCUACUUUCGUCUAGUUUAGUUCGUGGCCCGGCCAAGUGGGAGGGCCACCCGACCACAUCUGUGUCCCUUGCACAUCUCAGAGCGGCAGCCAAGAACCGAAGAAAAAAAUCCCAUCUUUCUUCAUCCAAUUUGAUGCUACUGGUUCCAGAACGGGCACCUGGCCAUGCACAUCAGUUCGUUCCCACAUCAUGGAUGCUCCCCUUACCCGCAUCGCCCCUUCUACCGCCACCCCUCCCUACGGUGUGCGGUGUGUGCCCUCUUCCUCUUCCUCCUCGUCAAUUCUCAUCCCUCCUUCCUCUUCCCCAUUCCAUCUGGGCUGAACUGGCCAGGACUGAGAGCAAGGCUUUCUACCUACUAGGUACCUAGUAUAGUGCUUCUGUGCCUCUGUGUGUCUCUCUCUCUCAACCUCUGCCCAUUAUAGAUAUCCCAUGAAGCGGGAGGCUAUGGCUCUGUCUAUUCAUCUCUGCCUCUCCAUCUCCAAUUGCACUGCUUUUCUUGUCUGCCCCCUGGCUUCUCUCUCUCUCUCUCUCUCUCACACACACACACAUACCUACAGAUACACUUACAUUCGCACACCUCUCGUCUCUAAACCCACCCCUCCUCGAACGCCACUUAACCCACUGUCUGGCCCGGUCGUUUCCCUCUCGCCUUACCCGUCGCUCACCCAGACUCGACCUUCGACUCGUCCUGUCUUCUCUCUCACAACUGCCUCGGUGUAGUGUAGUCGGGCAGUCCUCUCUCGCUCAUCAGCACUGACAUCUCGGCCUCUUCCUUGUGGUAUCUUUCAAAAGAAAAGGUGCGACGCAUACACUACGGCAACAACGGACGCAUAGCGGCGAAGUGGUUGCCGCCUACAUCUCGGAGCUCUCCUCAAGUCGGCCAACGGCGCAAUCUUGGAACCCACCUCCAGUGCUCCAACACCUCCUCGACAGCUCCCCCCGAGCUCGAAACUGUGGGCAUUAUCCUGCGCCAUCUACUCUACUUCAGUACGUGCGUUUCUGGCAUCCCACAACUCCUCCAACGUUUUCUCUCAAACCCCUACGCCUCAGUCGCCGCUUGCCCAUAGCUUUCAUAUUGCUCAACAAGCAACUAGGAUUCUUAGAGCCUCCACAUUCUGCUUGCUUGUGCAAGAUACCCGGCCCUUGGGUUUUGGCCACCAUCCUGUCGGUAACUCGUCACCUUCCUUGUGCUGCUAUUCCACGCCUUUCUCUUUUUUACUGCCCGGAUCUCAUGAUAGCUGUUGCCUUCUUUCUUCCAUAAAUAUCAUUGGGCGUUGGGAGAAGAAGCACUCUUAGUGUCUCCUUCAUCACGCAGCUACCACAGCAACCUCUAACUGGUACGCCAGGACUAUUCUGUCUAAACCCUCGCUUACGUUGACUUGGUCUUUUUCAACCGGUCGAGUCUCGUCUUGCCAUUGGGGGCUUCUCAGUCGUCGACUCUCCAUACUUCUUCGUUCUCUUGAAUCGAACUGGAUUGGACGUCCUCUGCUGCACAAGAUCACAUCGUCACCUUGACUUGUAUUCAUCCUAUCAUCAAGUCCUGAGCUCGCAUUCGUCUUACAUCAUUGGACUCGUAACUCGUCGAGCAUCGAUCUACCAGUACAGAGGCAACCCCUGCGUCGGCGCCCCGAAGUUCAGGUAAGAGACAGCCCUCGUUUAGUGGCAACCGCACCAUACUGAAGCCGCACCUCUCCACACGAUGUGCAUGCCUGGAGUUCCCUAACCUAGCCCCUCGCGUCUCGUUUCUUCGUCCUUCCCGUCAUCUUCGGCAGCUCCCCCCCAUCACCCCGGUACCAAAGACUACGCAGUCCCCCCUGCUUCGGGCUCUUCUCUGCAUUGGUAUUGGACGCCCAGACGAGCUGAUCGCCUUCUAGGAAUUUCAUUGAGCCACACAUCGCACGCGCUCCUUCCUGAGCAGGGUUAACUGCCACAUAUACCCUUGGGCGCUCGGAAGCGUGACUUUCCAGAGGGAAACCCCCCCCUUUCCCUCAAAGGCUGUGCAAACUAGCCACAUUGGCCACAACGUGGGCUUUCACUCAUCUACCGCAAAUAGCUCAAUCUCGUUGUGGCGCCUAGAAUCAUACAUACUCCCCGUCACAUCCUGACCGUCUCUCCUCUCGUCUGGGUUUUGCUCCGUUAGAGCUGUCAGUCGACCCAGAGCUCCGGGGGCUUGGACUAGUGCUUCGCCGAAGGUAUAAACUACUAGAUGGACCUCAGUCUGGCUUGCUGGCGCCGUUGGUCCCGGCCGCCGACGUUUGAGCAUUUUGCUAACUCGAUUACGACAGUUUGUGGGCGGCUUAAACUCCGAUACAGCUCGCACCAGCACCAUACAAAUGGGAGAUGUUCAAUCCCCUCCCAACGUCACUGAGUAUCCUAUUGUGGACUCUCACCAGGGCUUGAACGCAAACGUUGCAAGUGUUUCGCCCAUUCUUCUAGACGAGAAGUCGAGGAUGGAAGCUCAAGGCAUCCCCCAUCCGCAGCAUCAGCAGUACGGCCCUCCGCAACAUGCCUUUUCGUCUCAACUCGACUUGGCUCAGCAGCCCGCAGCCGGUCGCCCUGGGAAUUUCAACAUGAACAACAUGGCGAACGCGCUGCCUCAGACAAGCAUGAGGCAUGGGCAUUACGUGCCUGUUGGCCAGCCGCAGCAUCAACAGCAGCGAUUCAGCCCGGCCACAUCCUCGCCUUCGAUGAUGCCGCAGAUGCCACAGAUGGCUCCUCAGUAUCCUGGUCAAGGAGCGAUGCCCAUGGGAAACCCGCAGUACUAUAUGCCGCAGCACCACCAGAUGCAGCACUACUACACCAACCAGCUCUCUCCGACUCAGCAGCAAGCUCGCCCAAACAUGGGAUACUACCCGAACCAAAUGGUUAUGAACCACCCGCAGCAUAAUCAGAUCCCUCAAGGGUAUUACUAUCCUCCAGCUGGCCACUACUCCCAGAAUCAAGCUCUUCACAAUCCCAUGGUCUCAGCACAGUACAUGGGAACGAACACUGGACACAGCGACCCUAGGGUCAUGCCUCAGAUGCCCAAUGGAAUCGACCCUAGCGGUAUGAACGCUCCCUCGAGCCACAGGUCAAGUGGUAUUGCACGCCCAGUGCCAACGUGUCGGAGAGGCAUCACUGACCGAAUUAUAGAUGUGGGUGAAGGUCGAUCCGGGGUUGUACGCGGGCCACCGCGAAAACCGCGCCAAAGUGGACAUGCGAUCUGGGUCGGAAAUCUCCCACCUCAAACCGACCUCAUGAACCUCGUCCACCACGUGUGCAAGGAGGCAAACGGCCUCGAGUCCUUAUUCCUGAUAUCGAAGAGCAACUGUGCAUUCGCCAACUUCAAAGACGAACAAACAUGCGUGACGGCUCAACAAAAACUCCACGAUUCCAAAUUUCAGUCCGUUCGCCUAGUCAGCCGCUUGCGCAAGAGCACUGUCGAAGGCGCAACAGGUGUUACAGCACCUACAGGCCCAGCGGCGUCUUCUGGAUCGCAAACGCCUCACGAUGUCGCUGCACCGCCAAGCGCUACUGAAGCUAAGCCCGAAGUGGCAGUGGCAGAGUCCAAUGAUGUCAAGCCCGUCACCACAGUAGAAGUAACAUCUCAGAAGGAUAAGUUCUUCAUCCUGAAAAGUUUGACUGUGGAGGAUCUCGAGCUUAGUGUCAGGACGGGGAUCUGGGCAACCCAGUCUCACAAUGAGGAUACGCUGAAUGCUGCUUUUAAUGCCGUCGACAACGUCUACUUGGUGUUUUCUGCGAACAAAUCGGGCGAAUAUUUUGGAUACGCAAGAAUGACAUCUCAGAUUAACGAAGACCCGGACGCCGCGAUCGAGUUUGCCCCCAAAGCACAGUCCGCUAACGAUGUCGACUUGCCGAAAGCAAUUCCUACCGAACCCACAGAGUACGCGCCCAAGGGCAGGAUCAUUGAUGAUUCGGCCCGUGGCACCAUCUUCUGGGAAGCAGAGCGCGAGGACGGAGAGAGUGGUGACGAGGAAGAGGAAACUGAGGUGGAACAAAGCGAUGCGAGCAGCCGUAAGAGCGGGAACCAAGAAGCCGACGGUAACACCAAGGCUUGGGGGAAGCCCUUCAAACUCGAAUGGUUAUCGACGGCACGACUGCCAUUCUACCGUACCAGGGGCCUUCGUAAUCCGUGGAACUCGAACCGCGAGGUCAAGAUCGCGAGAGACGGCACCGAGCUGGAACCGUCCGUCGGAAGAAGGCUGAUUGGGCUCUUCAAUAGAGUUCAGAGUCCUGGUCCAGGAUCAGUGCCGGCCAUGCGACCCGGAAUGGCGAUGAUUGCAGGAUAUCCGCCCAUGAGGCCACAGUACCAACAAUAACCGGCACCGUCAUCGGUAUUAUUGGCGACAUGGUCAAGACUUCAUUUCUCAGGCAUUAGUUGAUUUGGAUCCGGACUCUGUGGUUUACGAUCGGUUGGACAUGUUUUUACGACAACAGCCGCAUAUGCAGGCCAUGGCGAGCGCUGAGAUGGUUGGUUAUCUGGAUGCUGCUUCUCAAUGUAUCUAAUCUGGCUGUCUAAUUCUACCAAAGAGUUUGGUGUAUGUUGCUCAUGAAUUUGGAGUUGAAGGGGCGCGCCUGGGCGAUAUGACAGCUACCGGGACAGUUGGUACGGAUGGACUGGUCAACUGAGCAGAUUUUCUCCAUUUAUCAUAUUCCGCCUUAUGGAUUUGCUUUCCCACUUGGUCCGGCGAGAUGAAGGCAAAAUGUAGGACUUGAAAAAGUUGGUCAACAUGCCAUUUCCACUGCAAAUCCAAGACAUGU